GGUCUAGUAUCUUUGUGGAUCAUCCCACCGGCAACGGUGGCCGAACCCCACGGGCCCGAGAUCCCUCAUUGAUAUGGGCCACCCGGAUCAAUACCAUUUCGAUCGAUGACCGCCUCACAUAGAUCUCCGUCCGAAGUCCGUCCGGAUGUUGAAGUGUUGGUUCCAACCACCAGUACUGACUUCCGGCCAGACUGCCCUACUCACACAUCCUUUUGCUAUCCUUCCGCCUUGUUCACACCCCUUUCGGACACAAUAUUCCGAGCUGGAGAUAGCCGCAUAGAUUCAUGGUCAGCACUGUCCUGACGAACUUGAUUUGCUGCAUGGUAAAGUAUGGCAUUUCAAAUCGGGAUCACUGACGAUGCUGCGCCGAGAAACCGUGCCUGUGACUUUUGCUUCGAAAAGAAGAUCAAGUGCGAUAGAGAGGAUCCUUGUGCCAAUUGUCUAGCGGCUUCCGUGGACUGUUUGCGUAGGCGGCCCAAGAGAAGAAUCAGACAUGCAGCUUAUGUGAGAAAUAAUCCAUCUGCCAUCACAUCAGCUCGGAGGAACCCUCCAUCGCCAAGAUUAACGCCUCGCAACUCACCAGCUGCUCCCCGGCAAUCCUCGCAGGGUAGCCCUUUAAUUCUUCAACAACGCUCAGAACCAAAAAAUCACGAUGAGGGAUACGUGCCAGGGGAGACUCCUGCUUCCCAGAACAGCAAGCAAAAGUCAAUUUGUUCCAACACCACUGAAACGGGACCAGCUGCUGCACAAGCUCACAGUCAUAUCGGAUCGGAGCUGAAGUCACGCCUGGGGCUAGAUGCGGGAAAACGAGAAGUUCUCAGAGCAGCUCUGGCGUUUGCAAACCAGGCGUCACAGCAACCAAGAGUCAUUGCGUACGAAGAGAAUUCUUCGCCAGCCUUUGAUAUCUUCAGCGAGACAUCUUAUCCAACAGCCGAGAGUCUUUAUCUCAUACUUUCAAGUCCCCGAAAAAGUGUCGGCCAGUCUUUUACAAUGGACAUCGGGUCUGUCAUUUCUGAAGAAACGCUAGAGCGUCAAGCCCUUGAACUGAUUGAAAAGUCUGUCAAUGGUGCGACGCGUGUUCAUUACAUAGUGACUGUGAACUUCUUUGUCUGGAUGUAUCUAGGAGCCUCUAACUUUCAUACGACAGGCUCUGUUAUGGCACAGCAUAUUCUGAAGAGGCGUCAACAGUACGAGAAGAAUUUGCAUGCAGCCUUAUGUCGUAUAGGUGUCCUGGACCAGCCAAGCUUGCCACUGCUUCAAGCACUGCUUUCCGGUGCCAUGUUCAUGCUCCUCUCGGGGAAGUUGGAGAUGUGUUGGCAGUUGAGUGCGUCAGCAUCGAGGGUAUGCAUGGCCUUGGGUGGACCUCGCCGGAUCAGCUCUCAGACCAUGGCUGCCCAUGAGCUGCGAGAAACUCGGUAUACUUUAUCGAUCUGCUACAUGUUUGAUAGAGCGCUGGCUCUGAGCAUGAACCGCUGCCUCUCUCUGCCUGAAUUCGACAUGAACCCUGCGGAACUGGUGCCAACUGACGCAAAGAAGCCAUACACUUCACUCAUUCAAGUCUUCCUGCAAUUGGCCGAGGUUCAAUCCGACAUUGUCCACCACACGAAGAUCAAGAGUAUGAAGGCACGGGAAGAUGUUGAAACAGUCCAAACAUUGCAAGGAAAGAUGUGGAAAAUUAAAGAAACCAUCAGAGAGUGUCAAAAGCAGCCCUUGCAUAUCGAGGAGAAGUAUCUUCAGGCCGAGUGGAUGGGCGUAGAUUUUGUCUAUCAUUCCGUCAUGACAUCUGUUGUCAAGAUCCACCCGUACCUGAUGGAUGAUACUGGUUUACACCAGCAAUUGCUCGGCUACGCUCGCACAUCUCUUAGUUCCCUAUCUGAGAUGUUGAGCAUCGCUAAAAGUUUGGUGGAUUUUCACCUAUUUCGGGUUUCAGUUUCGUGGCUUAUUUUGUUAUAUCCUGUUUACCCCUUUUUCGUCAUUUUCACCCACACAGUCAACACCUCGAGUCUCCAAGAUUACAGCUUAAUAACUCAGGUUACAACAAGUCUCCAGGAAUUUGCUGGUCAUAAUCCAGCCUUGAUGGGAGUCCAAAAGUUGUUCGAAGAGUUCGUGAAACUCUGUAAGCCUAUCUUUGAGGUGAACAGGUCGAUCGAUGCUAUACCUCCAGCGCUCCCAGAAACAGGGAAUCUGCCACCGCAAAAGACGACGCCACACACACACCAUAACAGGGUUUCUCAAGGACUUUCGAGCCCUUCGGAGAUAGUGUCUUUCACAUCGUUGGUACAGGAUGCACUUUCUGUUCCAGUAGCAGGGGAACAUGCAGUCAGCGGUAUCACAUUCCCUGACUUGAGCACUCUGGAAGAGAACGAGUUGUUAGCAGAGUUAUAUAGCACCCAUCCAUCAAUAGGCUGGAUAGAUGGCAAUUGGUCCCUAUCAUAAACUUGUAAGGCUAGAAUUGUAAAGACUAUGGUCAAUCAAGAAACGUUCCUCCCGA